UGUAAGUAAGCCUUAUAGGCUUUGACUUGAGAUGAGGUUCUCUGCCAAACCUCAGUCUCAGUCAAUAAUGUCAUAAAUAGGAAAAUAAAUCCUUCAGAUCUGUCAAAGUGGAACUCCUCCCCAACCCAAAUAAGCCCUUUAAUACAAGCGUCAUGGGGCAACAUAUCAGCCCAGCGACAGAACAGCCUCUCUCUUGCCCUUGCGAUCUGCAACCAUCAUGAGGACACUUCAGGAAAAAAUCCUUUUGGCCUCUGUUUUGUUGUCUCUGAUUUGCGUCAUUCAGGUCAAUUCAAUGCCUUUGUUUGAAAGUUGGGAUGGUUUGGUGCACCGUACCAAACGGUCACUUCUGUGGCGUUGGAACAGCAUGAAGCCUGUGGGCGCUGGCUGCAGGGAUCACUUAGAGUGUGGCACGAAAUACUGCAGGAAAAAUAUCUGUUCCUUCUAUAACUCAACUUAAAGAAGAGAUGCACAGAAAUAACUUCAUCAAUGUGGCUGCCUGCAAAACAAACACCUGCCUUAUGGACCAAAGCAUCUGUCUCAAAAUGAAGCAUGUACCAAAUUUACUGGUCUGAUUUUCUGACUUGAACUGAAUACCUGCUGGCACUUUGUCAGACUCUGUGCAUUCACUUAAUGUAAUCUAAUCUGGCACUGCACUGCAGCAAAACAAAGCCAUAAACACUGCAUUCACAUGAACAGUCAAGCUGCUCUAUCCAGAGCAUUGCUGAUUUUUAGGAUUUAAUUUGUCUAAAGCAUUUGCAUCUGAAAAUGUUUUGAUAAGAAAAUAUAACUAUUGGUGCAAAGUUUGUGAAGUGCUCUGAGUUUAUUGGUUCAUGUUAUUAUUACAUAUUUAUUUGUACAUUUUGUAAACUAUGUAAAUAUUCUAAAUUCAUUUUUUCAAGAGGUUGUAUUGUUCAAAUUUUGUUUGUCAAC